AUGGAUACUGAUAUCGAACAAGACACUUCCACUUCAAUAACUACUACUACAAUUGAAAAUAUCACAAAACAAAUGCGAGAAAUAUAUGAAACAAUAAAUAUUCUUGCAAAUGGAAUUCAAACGUUAAAUGAUGAUACACAAUCUCUUUUUAAUGAAUCAAUUCGAUUACAAAGUUCGAUUGAGUCUUUAACACAAGAUUUUCCAUCAAUCAAAUUGAGUAUUCUAAAACAAAGCUCCUUUUUAGAUGGUGUUAAACCUAAUCAAGAAAUUCUUCAGCAGGACGUUGCUUCAGUGAAACAAAAAAUUGAUGACAUACAAUACGUCUCUUAUGAUGGAACAUUAACAUGGAAAAUAACAAACCUUCAUGAAAAAAUGAGUAAGUUCGGUUUGAAAAAAUAA